AUGUCUCAAAACUGUCCGGGCUUUGGCCGCGGUGCUCAGCCUGAGAACGAUUGCAUCGAUCCUCGACUCCUACAGCAGCACCCAGGUCAACACCCCAGUCAAUUGCAUCAACACAUAGACAGUCACAAUGCCACCAACUCGAGUUUUGGCGAUUUUCCUUACGAGUACGUGCGGACCGGUGAAGCGCCUAUGGGAAUUCACUUUGGCUCGGCAGGUGACGAGACGCAUGAGGCGUUGCGUGGAGAGCGACAACUCGCUGAGCGCUUCAAUCGUCAUCGUCAUGUGGAUGUAGUCGGAGGCUUGCGGUAUGGUCAGCGCUUUCAAUCUGACCGAGACCGGUCUCCUGCGUUCGGACCUGCUCGAUGCAGCCCUGCCCCAAACACCUGGCGGGGAGCCAAUACUACAGCUUUGAGCAACAAUCUUGGCCUCAACCCUGGACCAAUGCCACAAAGCUCCAUCAUGCCUCCAGAGGAGGAGAUCCCACGUUAUGGCAACUUCAUUGCACAGCCAUUUGCCGGUGGCAGCUUCGGAUUGCAAUCGACUCGAGAUAUCGCCCGGGGCGGUGAUCAAUCUCUCUACAGCGAGACAUAUGGUCACAGCUCCGGUAUCCAUUAUCCUACACCCUCUCCAGCGUACCCCCAGUAUGGUGCCCACUUGACAUCUCAUGUUGAGCAUCCGUCGCAGCCACAGCUAAUCUCCGCGGCUCCUUUGCGAAAUCCAUAUGGGAGUCUGCGUCGAUCGUCAGCUCAGCACACCGGACAUCACGAUCACGGAAGCUAUGGUGGCUACUUUGGAGGCCGAGAUCAGGCUACGGCCUAUGAUUUCCAACCGAAUGAAACUCAAGAACAAGACGCCACUCAGUUUGGGACUAUCGGCCCUCGAUCGCGAGACGCAUUUGCGAGACAAUCUCGCAGUCAUUCUCGCGAGGAUUUCGAAGAUGCAGUCAAUGAGGCUAUCUCAAGUGUUGCCGACGACCGAAAGAGCAUGCACAGCGAACAGGCAGGAUAUACGCCUCCGCCAGGAUACGAAGGCACUGGGGCUGUCGCGGACGACGAAAGCGAUGGCGAUCGCGAAAACGACGAGUUAGGUGCUUAUCCGAGUGAAGGAAACGAUGCUGAGGGAGUCCAGGAAGAAGGAUCGGAAGAGGAGGCAGAUGAAGACCAGGAAGAUGCACAGCAUGUGCCCUCUUCCUCAUCAAGCUUCUUGGCCGCGGUGAACGAUCAGAAUGCUUCGGCAUGGCGUCAAGAAGCACUUCAUAUUCCGGCAACUCACAGCUUCCGCAGCAUCGACAACUUCGUCGGCCGCCCCCCUCAGCAAAUACGAUUUGGUCCAGAGUCAGAGCGUAACGCGGCUCGAUUUUAUCGACGCUAUAGCACUGCAGAGAUCUUGAACGGAGCCGUACAUCCCGACGACCUAGGCGGUCGCCUGAUAUUGCGAGUCGCGGAAGACGCCAAGAAUCAUGAGAUCCGAGAUGCUAUCAACGAGCUCAAGGCGGCAUGGAACGCACGUGAACCUCGCAAUUCCAAGAAGAGAAAGGCUUCCAUGGGCAAGUCCAACUUCGUUACUAAGCGAAUCAACCUUGCAAUUGCAGCAAAAGCGAAGCACAUUAGCAAGAGAGAUGGAGGCGAUGAGCGAGAAGUUUUGGAGGAGCUUCACAGAGCAUUGGACAGAAAGGCUCCGACUGUGCCGAGAGGUGUUGCUAAGGCUGACCGAGAGAAGGUGAAGUUGGAAACUAAGGCUACUGAUGCUGCUGCCGCUUCCAACUCCACAUCUACGGGUCAGGAAUAG